CUCUGUUUUUAGCCAAGUGGCUUCAAGUCUUUGAGUUGGUAACAUAUGAAAUCAGUGCAACGGCGGCUCUUGAACGGUAUUGUUGGUUAAGCGGUUAAAAAACCAAAAACAAUAAGUAACCGAAAAAAAAACGGUUAAAUUGAAAACGAGUGAUUUUUUUUUGAAUAAAUAAAACGCGUAAAAAAUUAAACUGCUUAACAAAAGAAUUUAAAUAAAAAUAGUUAAAAAAAUUUGUUUUAAUCAAGCAAAAUUAAUAAAAGAAACCAAAAAAAAUAAAAAAAUAGAUUGAUAUUAAAAAUAACAAUCAAUAUCAACAGCAACUAGACCAAAAUAACUUAAAAAAAUAGUUUCAAAUUAAAUUGCAUUGAAUAAAAAUAACAACUACAACAUUUACGCGGUUUUUUUUGUAGCCGUCAACACAACAUUACAACUGUGGUCGUCGCUCGACGUUUUACCCAUAAAUUAUCUACUGCAGUAGAAAAAGCACCAAAAUGCUUCCGCUUCCUCGAGGAGCGGUAUGGCAGCUACUCUUUCUAUUUUGUGCGGCACUCUAUAUAAAUGGGGUCCGUGCCGAUGGAAGAGUUGUAUGUUACUACACCAACUGGAGUGUCUAUCGUCCAGGCACAGCGAAAUUUAAUCCACAAAAUAUAAAUCCAUAUUUGUGUACACAUUUGAUUUACGCAUUUGGAGGAUUUACGAAAGACAAUCAAAUGAAACCGUUUGAUAAAUAUCAGGAUAUUGAACAAGGUGGUUAUGCCAAAUUUACUGGCCUCAAAACAUACAAUAAGCAAUUGAAAACGAUGAUUGCUAUUGGCGGCUGGAAUGAGGCCUCCUCACGUUUCUCCCCCUUGGUAGCAAAUCCUGAACGCCGACAAAAGUUCAUUAAGAAUAUUCUAAAGUUUUUGAGACAAAAUCAUUUCGAUGGUAUUGAUUUGGAUUGGGAAUAUCCGGCUCAUCGUGAGGGUGGCAAACCACGUGACAGAGAAAAUUACGCACAAUUUGUACAAGAGUUGAGGGCUGAAUUCGAAAGAGAGUCAGAGAAAACCGGACGUCCACGUCUAUUGCUUACUAUGGCUGUGCCAGCAGGCAUUGAAUACAUUGAAAAGGGUUAUGAUAUACCAAAGUUGAAUAAAUAUUUGGAUUGGUUUAAUUUACUCACCUACGAUUUCCAUUCGUCCCAUGAACCCUCCGUCAAUCAUCAUGCUCCUCUGUAUUCGUUGGAAGAAGAAUCUGAAUAUAAUUAUGAUGCUGAAUUAAAUAUUGAUUAUUCCAUUAAAUUCUAUUUGAAUGCUGGUGCUGAUCGUGAUAAGCUUGUCUUGGGUAUACCCACCUAUGGUCGUUCCUAUACCUUGAUCAAUGAGGAAAGCACAGAAAUUGGUGCUCCUGCUGAGGCUCCUGGUGAACAAGGUGAUGCUACUCGUGAAAAGGGCUAUUUGGCUUACUAUGAAAUUUGUCAGAAUAUUAAAGAAGAUCCUGAAUGGACGGUUGUUCAACCCAAUCCCAAUGCUAUGGGUCCUUAUGCCUAUCGUCGCAAUCAAUGGGUGGGUUAUGAUGAUGAAGCUAUUGUUCGUAAAAAGGCUCAAUAUGUGGUGGAUAAUGGUUUGGGCGGUAUUAUGUUUUGGGCUAUUGAUAAUGAUGAUUUCCGUGGCAUUUGUACGGGCAAACCGUAUCCUUUGAUUGAGGCCGCCAAGGAUGCUAUGUUGGAUGCUUUAGGUUUGGGUAUUAAUGAAGUCUCAAAACCAAGUGCACCACAAAAACCUUCUCGCUCAAGAAGUCGUGAAAACUCCUCAUCAACACGUAAUCGUAUCACAACUACCGAACAUAAAUUGACCUAUGCCGAACGUAAGGGCAGUUCAAAACGUACUCAGUCUACCCAACAAACAACACGUAACAGACAACAAUCUACCACCACUAUAGCACCAGCAAACUUUAAACUAACAGAAGCGGAAGGCUCUUCUUUGUAUGUAGGGGGAAGAACAACCACACCACCACCACCCACAACACCAGAUCCAGGCACUGAUUUCAAAUGUGAAGAAGAAGGUUUCUUCCAACAUCCCAGAGAUUGUAAAAAAUACUAUUGGUGUUUGGAUAGUGGUCCUUCAGGCUUGGGCAUUGUGGCUCAUCAAUUUACUUGUCCCUCAGGUUUAUAUUUCAAUCCCGCAGCUGAUUCUUGUGAUUUUGCUCGAAAUGUACCAUGUAAAACUAAAAAAUCUACCACCGUAGCCCCCAUAACUUCUCCGGCUACCACUACCACCGCUAGACCCACUUCUUCAUACAAUCGUAUUACAGCUGCCACUUCACGACCCACCACCUUCUUUAGAACCACACCCAGAACGACUACAACUACGACCACCGAAGCUCCCGAAGAAAGUAUUGAAUACGAGGAAGAGGAUGAUAAUGCUCCCUCACCGUUCGCCAAACCCAAAGGCUUCGAUAAGGAUUCCGAAGAAGAUCCUAAAGUUAUUAAGGAACUCAUAGAACUCAUACGCAAGGUAGGAGGUAUUGAAGAAUUGGAAAAACAUCUGUUACGCAAAGAUGAUGGCACUAUAGCGAUUAAGGAACAUAGUUCAAGUAGUUCUAGUAGUUCUCUAACCGCAACCACACCAUCCUCCAUUAGUAAAUCCCUGUAUGAAAAAGUAUUAAGUAAACCAAAUGCUUUGAAUUCCUUCCGCAAUCGUUUCACCUCCACCAGUAGUUUCCGCACAACUAAAACACAAACUAAAACCCAAGACAGUAGCGAAAACGAUGAAGACGCCACGGACAGCAAGAGUUCCGGAGCUUCGGCUGGUUUUAGUAAAUACUCUUCGGUAUUGAGAGGCAAUAGCCGUCAGGGACCUCAGAGUGAAGGUCUUGAUAAAUUAAGUGAAUUUGAUGGUUUCCUUAAGGAGAAGAAACAAUAUACUACCAUUCAACGUAAUCGUGGCGUUAAGAAAACUUCUAGCGAUGAUGAUGAAGAUGAGGAUGUUUCUAGCAAGCUGAGUGCAGAGAGCCAUGAAGAAGAAGAUGAAAUUGUAGAGGAAGUUAGUGUUAAAUCGACCAGAAAACCGUAUGCUGCUAGUACACCAGCUUAUUCGACAAUUAGAAGAACUAGACCAACAGUGACAACUGAAGCUACCGAUGAAGAGGAGCAAGAGGAGAAAGAAGUUAAUGAACGCAAAUCGUAUAGUUCUUUGAAUAGAAGUCGUGUUAGAGGUAGCACCACAACGGAAGUACCGGAUGUAACUGAUGUUACAGCUGGAUCGUCAAGAUAUAAAUACUUGGAGCGUACACGUCCAACUCGUCCCACAACCGAAUCCUCCAACCGUGUCACUGAUGAAGAAGACAUUGAUGCUGAUAAUGAAUCGGAGAAUCAGGAAAAUACGGUACAUUUUAAGGCUGUAAAUAUUGAAAAUACACGUGAAACACAACAACAACAACAAGAAAUCACAACAACAAAUACACAAAGAACCUACGCCAGUAUAGGUCGCAGGACUACAACAACAAGCACUACCGCAACACCUGAAACUGAAACAACUACAACUAGUGCUGCGGCUAAAACAAGAUUAACAACAACUACAGCAACACCAACAACAACAUCUACAACAGAGACUCCAUUAACAACAACUCCUUUAACUAUAUUAGAAACCACUACACCUGAAUCUAUAUUAAUAACCACAAAUAUUCCCAUAACCACAACUACUAACCCAACCACCACUACCACUUCCACAACAAAGACUACGACAACGACUUUGCCAAAUGGUGAAGACGUUUUAGAAAACCUUGCCACUACUACCAACAAUCCCAAUGAAAUCAGUUCUGAUAUUUCAGAAACUUUAGAUUUAACCCUAAAAAUAAAUUCCCUUCUAACUGAUUCCUCCACCACUUCCACCUCCUCCUCUUCCACUCCUAACCCCACAACGGAGUCUGGUCUAGAUACAAAUGAACAGGAUAUAGACAGUCAAUUGACUACAACGGAAGCGACUAUUUCGACGACUAUUGCAACUAAUAGUGACAACUUAGCCAAGACCGAAGACAAGGAACAAGAAGAGGUAAAUGUAGUAAGUAAGCAAAGAAAUAAGACAUUGUACACCACACGUACUAGAACAACCACCACAACAACACCUCCUACAACAACAAACACAAUUUUAGAAACAACAACAACAACACCUAGUCCUACUAAUGCCAAGAAAACAUUGGGUGUUAGAAGACAACAAAUUUUACUAAAUCGUUCUUCACAGACGAAGUCUGCAACGACAACGUCUAGCGUUACUACUACAGAUAUACCAACCACUAGCACACCCACUACAGAAUCUGUAAAUAAUGACUUCCUGGGUACUGUAUCUAGUCCAAGACCAUUUGGUUUCCCCAAACGACGCAAUAGACCCACCAAUGCUGCCGGCAUUACGACAACCACCACCGAAGACUCAGUGAAAUCAAAUGAUGAAACUUUGGUAACAAAACAAAAAACUACAAAAUUAAAUGCGGCCGCUAACAGCCAAACCAAGGUGAGUUCUCAAAAUACAAUUCUCUCUCAAACUGCUACUGCCGCUCAAGAAGCGGCGGUAACUUCCUCUCAACAACAAGAGCAUGUACAGCAGCAGGAGAGUGAAGUGACCAACAGCACUACUAGUACCACUUCUACUGAGCACCUUAAUUCUAAAGACACUAAAGUUGAUGAACAUUUGCAUAAGCAUGUUGUAGUAAAUGGUAUUGAGGGUAAUAAUGAUAGUUUAAGGCAUGUUAACACUGUAGCUAAUGUAGAUAGUAUUAAUAAUGAUUCUACACUUAAAUUAAGAACUCACACCAUUGUCCAAGAAGUGGACGAUGAUGAUGAAGACCCUAAGAAACUUUAUUCUUGGCGCGAUGCUAGACGUCCUACUAAACCUACACCGAAAAAGACAAAAUUGAUAGUUACCGAAGUAACUACCGAAGAAAGAGUUAGGCAAAAGGUUAGUCCCGAUCAUGUUACAAUUGUUAAUGUUGUUGAAACGAAUGAGAAGGACUCCAGGUAUAGUAAGAAACAAGAAGAUAUUGAUAGAGGAACAGGUAAAUAUCGCGGUAAAAGUUUAGAAAAUUCUGUCGAAAGUGAAGAAGAAAAUCAUGUUGACAACGAUGCCGAAGAAGAAGAUGAAGGUAGAGCAUUUAGAACUUAUACAAGCAUUAAUAGAAGACGUCAACAAACCCAACAAUCAGCAGCGGGAAUUGAAGAAGAUAAUGCAACAGCUGUUAAUGGUUUAAGAGUAACACAAGUAGUUAAGUCGGGCGAAGAGAGUGGCGAAGAAAGCUCUAAGUAUAAAUACAAUAGCAUAACCAGAGGUCAAUCUACGAAAACUGAAGAAACUGAAAGUAAUAGUUCUCGAGAAGGUGAAGAGGGUUUAAAAACCAAAUUCAAAUAUACAUCGUUAAAUCGUGGUUCUCAAUCGUCAACUAGUGGUUCUUUGGAAGGCAAUGAACACGACAAAACCCACGAAACUGACGAUGGUCAAAGUAAAACCACAUUUAAAUAUACCAAAAUUACUCGAGGUCAAGGUUCUCAAUCGGAGGGUCACGAAGUGGAUUCUUCAAACUCUGAUGUUGGCGAACAUAACUCCGUUGAAAGUGAAGGUGCAGUGAAAACUAAAUAUGCAACAAUAAAUCGUGGAUCUAGUACGUUUAGUUCAACUGAAACGAGCAAUGAUGAAGCCGCCGAAGGCAAACAAACUAAAUCAAAAAUCAAUUAUAACCAAAUUUCACGUGGUCAAGUUUCUCAUUCAGAUGGACAUGAAGAGGAACUGGAAAAUGCUGGCAAAACUAAUGUAAAAUACACGACAAUAACUCGUGGCUCCACUACCAAAACCAUUGGCGGAUCUGAGGAAGAAUCAGUGAAAUCCGAAUCAAGUGAUGACAGCACUGUUACAGGCAAACAUAAGUAUGCCACCAUCAAUAGACAGCACGGUGCUGAUGAUGAAUCCAAUAAUUCUGAAACUGAUGGCGCUACUAAGACCAAGACCACCUACCAAUAUACAAAAAUAACCCGCGGCCAAGGUCAUGCUGGUAGUGAAGAAUCUGUUGAUGAUAGUAUAGUCUCAAGCAAACAUAAAUAUACAUCCCUGAAUAGGCAACAAGGUGCUGAAACUAACUCCGAAUCAGAAGAUGCCAAUCAGACAAAGUCCACAUUCCAAUAUACAAAAAUCACCAGAGGUCAAAGUAAAUAUAAUGAAAAUAAUGAAGAUUCCAAUGACAAAAGCAAAACGUAUACAUCGCUUAAUAGAAAUCGCGUUUCUCAAGGCUCCAGUGUUGAUUAUGAUUCAUCUGAAUCGGAUGGUGCUAAGAAAUCAUAUACCACCAUUACUAGAACUAGAGGAAGCACAGCUUCUACCACUGAAAAUAUUCCCUACAAAGCCAUAGUACGUGAUAGCCAAGGUGUUCGCCUAACCGAAGGUGAAUUGUCAGGAUUUGUGAAACAUGCCGGAGAUGAAGCGGUCACUGAAGCGGCAAAGAGAACUUAUCUAACCAUCUCCAGAGGUGGACAGAUAUUGGAACAUAGCGGUAAUGAAUACGCGGAUGAUGAACAUCAUCGUCAUCUCAAUGAAAUGGAAACUAUGAGUCUUACACAAAUCGAAAGUAACCAUCACAAUCAUGAAGAAUCGGAAUCGACAAGUGAAAACAAAACACUUUCCAAUGCUUCCGAAAGUAAUGUUUCCCAAGAAAAUGAUUCAAAAACUAAGUUUAAAUACUCAACAAUAACACGCGGUUCCACUUCCGCUACGGCAGACAAUACAGAAGUUAAAACCGAUGAAAGUGAUAGCACCCAAGAAGGUGAUAGUGUUUCGAAAUCUAAAUUUAAAUACUCUUCAAUAACACGUGGAUCCACUUCAGCUACUGGUGUUAGUGAAUCUGAAGCUGAUAAUAAAGAAGUUAAAUCUGCUGAAAGUGACAGCUUCCAGGAAGGUGAAGAUGGUUCGAAAUCUAAAAUUAAAUACUCGACAAUAACACGUGGAUCUACUUCAGCAACCGCUGUUAGUGAAACACCAGCCGACAAUAAGGAGAUAAAUGAAGCCGAACCAGCAACAACUACGGACAAGUCGUCAACAUCUACUACUGAAGCAACAACCACUACUACUGUAGCAACAACCACUACUACUGUAGCAACAACCACUACUACCGAAUCGCCUUUGACAACUACUGAAGAAUUGAUUACAGAAACCACCACCGAAUUUAUAGCUCCGGAAACCACUGUCAAAACAACCACAACUUCUGAACCCACCACCACCAGAAGAUCAUUCUUUAAAAAUCGUGGCACUACUGAGACACUUACCAAAGUAACGGAAACCAAAGAGGAAAAAUCUACUUUCGGAAGUGCAACAGCAACAAAUACUAAAGAACAAGAUCAAGAUGUAACAACAACCCAAACCGGACGCAGACGUGUGGUAUAUAGAAAGAGACCCACAUCUGUAACAAGCCAAACGACUACAACAACACAAGAAACUAAAGAAACUCAACAAGACACGAAUGAUAAACAAACUUCCGAGGGAUCUGCAGGCUCCAGCCAAACUCAAACAUCCUUCCGUAGACGUAUUGUGUCAAAAAGACCCACAGUCAUUGAACACACUGUCACUGAAAAUACCGAAGAGAAAGUCAAGUAUGACCGUGGUUCUUUAUUAAAUACAGCUGAUGAGUCUUCAAUAGAUGAUUUGGAUUCCACAACACGUCCCAGUUUGCCAAGAGGCACUUAUCGUCCUAAAGAAAAGGGAGAUUUAUCCUCUUUGUUGGCCUUAGAUUUGGCUAAGAAGUAUGGCAAUACGCAACAACAACAAUUUGGUAAUGGCAAGAGAAGACGACCAGUUGUAAGAACUCAAACAGAUGAAGCUGAAAAUGAAGAGGAUAUUGUGAGUAGAACACGUAUUUCUGGUUCCACUGAAAAAGGAGAAUUAUCCUCUUUGUUGGCCUUAGAUUUGGCUAAGAAGUAUGACAAUACGCAACAACAACAAUUUGGUAAUGGCAAGAGAAGACGACCAGUUAUAAGAACUCAAACAGGAGAAGCUGAAAAUGAAGGUGAUAUUGAGAGUAGAACACGUAUUUCUGGUUCUACUGCUGAAGAAACCAUUAAUGAUGGUGGUAUCAAACCCGUCGUUACCAAAAAGAGAAUAUUCCACAGCAAAACUGCGAGCGGAGGUUCUGAAUCAGCUGAUCAAAAUGAAGAAGAUUCAAUGACUAGAACACGUAUUUCUGGUUCCGCCUCUGAAGGAAUUAACACUAAUUCCCAGACAAUAAAUGGAGGUGGUAGCAAAACAAUUCUAACUAGAAAGAGAAUAUUUAGUAGCAAAACAUCUGGUUCAGGUACUGAAUUAGCUGAUGAAAACGAAGAAAAUAAUGUCAAUAGCUCCCGUAUUUCUGGUUCCACUACUACUGAAGAAGAAACCACCAAUAAUGAUGGUAGUAAAACCAUUAUAACCCAAAAGAGAGUAUUCAGCACUACGGGCGGUAUAAAUGGAUUGGAAACAGAGGAAACUUCUGAAUUAAAGAAUAAAGGAUCUGAACUUAAAGGUGACACUGAAACCUUGACCGAUGAAUCCCUAACUCAAACCAUUCAUAAAGGUGAGAGUGGAGAUUCAUCUUACUCAGUUGCUUCCGAUUUGUCUAACAAUCAAACCGGUAAAUCUAAAUUUGCCUUUGCCAAUGGCGCCAAACGAAUCUCUGGCGUACAAAGUUCCUCUCUAUCGGGCAGCGAUAACAAGGAGAAUGAAAAAACUGGUAUUAACUUAGUCACCAAGCAACAAAAUUCCACUGUCACGGAAACUGUCAAUGGACGCAGAAGAACUAUUAUCAGAAAGAGAAUACAAGUGAACAAAACCGCUGGUAAUGGAAAUGUUUUAGGUUCGAAAUCAAAUCUCUUAACAGCCAGCAAAGAGGGCAUUGCGGCUACGGCAUCAAAACACUCUGAACAUAAUGAAAACGAAUCAACUAGUAGUUUAGAAAACUCCUCAGUUCUAGACUCUAAGUUAGAUGCAACCGUUAGCGACAGUCAAUCAACAACAUCUUCGGAAACUUCCAAUGAAACGCAAAGCCAAACAUUAGGGGCUAAUGAGGAAAACUCUUCCAUAAAAUCAAACUCAAAAUCCAGAUUCAAUUUGAACACCAAACAAGCCGCUGCAGGUACUCUAAAUAACAACAAAUAUAAUUCUCUUAGCCGUAAAAACAUUGUUGCCAGCAACAAACGUCUUACAGGAACUCAAUCUUCUCAAAACUCUAAAUCCAAAAAUAGAUUUACCGAAACUGAAACAGAAACUAUCGAAACCAUCGAAGAAGUAAGCGAAGAGGAUCAAAAUUCCGAAAACAAUAAUAUUUCUGAAACUUCAGGCUCAAAAUUCAAAUCUCGCAAUUCGUUGUCCUCCCAAAGUCAAGAAAAUUCUCGUAGAUCUAAUAUCGGCAGUAGACGUGAGUCACUAAAUAGACGCCAACAAAACAGACACGAUAAAGCGGAAAAAGUUGAAAUUUUGGAAGAUGGUUCAAAACGUAUAACAACCAUUACUUACGAAACUAUUAAUACCGGUGGUAAAAUUAAGACUAUUAGAAGAACAAAGAUUAAGACUAUCAUUCAACAGGCUCCUGAAUAUGAAGAUACUGAGGAUACCCCAGUAACUACCACCACACGCAGACCCAUACCACUUAAUAGAGGUUCGGCAAGAUUCCAAAGCAAUGAUUUAUCUUCACUGUUGGCUUUAGAUUUCGCCUCAAAAUCGAAUAGAAAAGAAGGCGAUAGAACUGUUACAAAAUCCCGAAGAAAAUUGAUACGUAAACCAGUUAUUGUUAAGGAAGAAGAACAGGUUGAGGAGUUUGAAGAAGAGUUGCCUACUAGGCCAACUAGACCGGCUAGUAUCACUGAAUCAGACCAGACGUUCAGUAGAAGAACAAGACCUACAAAACCCUUAAAAACUAUAACAAAAACUUCACCGAAAACAGAAGAAAACAAUGAAGAAGAUGAAAGCGAAGAAUUGGAGAAUGUAGAAAAGGUUGUAUCAACUACCAGACGCAACUUUGCUUUCAAACGUCCCACUAGUACAACCUCCAGGCCAACCACAAAAGCUCCUGUUGAAAAAGAAACCGUAGAGGAAGUUGAAUCUACCACUAGACGUGCCUUUGCUUUUAAAAGACCCGCAGGUUACGGAAAAACUGUAACAACUACCACUGAAAAAAUCGCCGAAAAUGAUGCUACAACUAAGCAGUCUUUUGCACUCAAAAGACCUGGAAGUUCUGUUAAAACUGUAACAACUACUACCACAACUACUGAAGAAAUUUCUGAAGGUGGUUCAGCAGGAAAACGUACCUUUGCUUUUAAGAGACCCACGGGAUCAGUUAAAACUGUAACAACUACCACUGAAGAAAUUUCAGGGGAUGAUUUAGGAAGCAAGAGCUUUUUUGCUUUUAAAAGACCAGCAAGCUCCUCCAAAACUACGACAACAACUACUACGGAGGAAAUCACUAAAAUUUCUUUAAACAAAAGUGAACAAGGCAAUGCUAGUUUAAAUCGUUUUAAAACCAAAACAGCAAAAGCUGCCGAGGAGUUAAGCACUACCACUAGUGAACCUAUUACAACUGAAGCCACAACUUUCGAAUCAACAACUCCCGCAUCCACCACUGAGUAUGUUGAAACUACAACGGAAAUUGUAUUAGAAAAUGAUUCUUUGAACAAGCUACAGAAUCAAUUAGUCCAAGCAGUAGAAAAUUUUAAAACUGAAACUGAAAAAGUUACUCACACUGAAGUAAUGGAUGCCUUAGAAACCAAAAACGAAAUAACUUCGGGCUUAUCAAAGGGUCUAGAUCUCUCCCUGCCCAUUUACCAUAGACGCAAAUACUAUCAAUACUACAAAGAUUCACCCAUUAUACACAUUAAUCCCAUAACUGUAGCUCCCGAAACUUCUGUAGAUACUAAUGUCGAUAUAGCAAAACAAAUACAUGAAGUUUUCAAUGUCAGCAGUGAUCAUGUACAGCCCGAACCAGAACUAACCGAUGAGGUUUUAGCCCUUAAGGCUAUGGAACAGGCACAAGAGAUUAAUCAGGAACUUAGUCAUUUUUUAUUGAAAACCCCCGGGUCAAAAGGUCACCCGGGGGAUAAAACUCUUGGGUCCACAUAUGUCUCAUCGUCCGAAGAGGUGAUGGAUGAAAGUGAUGUUAGAGAAAGAAAUCAAUUGAUAGACACUGCUGAACUAAAUGAAGAAUCCCUUAAAAAUGCCUUGGAAGUGAAUGAAGCUCUGGGUAGAAAAGGCAAAACCUUUAAAACCUUUACAAAACUUACAACGAAAUUAACCGAUAAUGACAAUGAAGAAUUAUCACAAAACACUGUGGCUGAUGCUCGUCAUGUGAAAAUUACUAUCUUAGAUCAAAAUCCCUUAAAAACUACAGCUUUACCUUCCAAAAUAAAUCGAUUCAGAUCCACUACACUUAAGCCGGAAAAGACAACUGAUAAUGAAGAUGUUGAUAGCGAGGAGGAGGAAACUACUUCAUCUAAAAAUCGCUUAACUACUUUAAAACCGGAAAUUACGACAGCUAAUGAAAUUGGUGAAGAAGAAACUUCAUUUUCUUUUGAACAUAUAGAUGAAGCUCGGGAAGAUGCUGAUUUUGGAACUGAAAUUUCUACAAUGAAAAAUGUAGAAAUUGAUAUCACUACCGAAAAACUCCAAACAGAGGAAGAUGAGAAUGUUAGUAGUGAAGAUAUUACGGAAUCUGAGGAAACAACUACAGUUACAUCAAAUCCUAAAAAAGUUCUUAUUAAAAAACGUAUACGAGUUACUACAGCAGCUCCCCAGGAAGUAGAAGAAUUAACUACAGAAAUUUCUACAACUUCAAGCUCGAUUCCCGAAGAAUCUACUAGGGAUUUUGAAACUGAAUCGUUAACGGAAAAAGUAACCAGUAAAACAUUUACUAGAAUAAAUCGUCCCUUAAUUAAAUCAACAACAAACAAACCAAUUAAUGAUAAAAACAUCAAUAUAGAUUCAACCACCAGGAGAUCUUUUACGGAGCUGAAGCGUUUACGCACAACAACAGCCAAAAGCUUAGAGGAGGAAGAUACGGAAACGGAGGAAGAUGAAGAAACUUUCUCAGAAGUACCAACUACGGAAACAGCUACACGUAAAAGUGUUUUAUUGGCUAACCGACAACGUGGUCUUAAUAAUCUAAAUCGCUUCAGAACAACCACUAUUAAAAGCACCGAUGAUGAUUUAGAUGAAAGCAAUAAAUUGGAUGAAAUUGAAGAAAAUACUGAAACAAACAUUGCCAGUGCCCGGAAAAAUUCAUUAUUAGCAAAUCGCUCAAGAGUUUUGCCCACCAGAAAAACAACCGAAACUCCCUUGACCUCUGAUCCAACUACUGAACGUUCUUUCAAUCGUCUAAUACGUUAUGGCACAACAACACCACAAAGCAAUGAUGUCGAUGAGGAGGAACAAGAAGAUGAAACUCCACAGAAAAUAGAAACUUCAACUCGUCGAAGUUUUGGUGCUGCAGCUAAAGCACUUCCCACCCGACGUUCAUUUGGCGGCGUUACAAGAUUAAGGGUCAUUACCACAACCGAAGUGCCAACAGAUGAGGAAGAAGAUGAAGAAAUUACUACAAAACGAAAUUCUUUAAAUAGACGGCCGUUUGCACAAGCUGGACGUUCAUUUGGUUCUCAGCGUCUUAAAACCACAACUACCGAAUCGGCAACUGAAGAAAUUGAUAGUAGAUUGGAAAACGAAAGUCAAACUACUGCAAAAGUAGAAGCUUCUAGCAAACGUACUCUGUUAACAAGAAGGAAAUUUGGAGGUUUUAAUCGUCCUAAGACUACUGAAGCUACAACUGAAGAAAGCGAGAGUACAGUAACAAAUGAUGAGGAUGACAACUCCCCAAAUCAGGAAGUCUCUACAACACGUACUUUACCCUCAAGAAGACCAUUUGGUGGUUUUAAGCGUCCAACAACUACUGAAGCUGCAACUGAAGAACCCGAAAGCACAAUAGAAAAUGAAGUUGUUUCCACAAAACGUACCUUGCCCACAAGAAAACCAUUUGGUGGUUUUACCCGACCAACAACUACUGAAUCUACAAUUGAAGAAAUCGAGAGCACAGUAGAAAAUAAUGGCGAUACCAAUUCUGAAAAUGAAGAAGUUUCCACUAGACGUACUUUACCCACAAGAAAACCGUUUGGUGGAUUAAGUCGUCCAACAACUACUGAAGCUACGGUUGAAGAAACAGCCAGCACAGUAAAGAUGGAGGAUAUUGAAGAAAUUUCUGAAUAUGAAGAAGUUUCCACAGAGCAAAAUUUGUCAACAACAACUACGGAAACUCCAGUUGAGGUAGAAAUGAAUACGGAAGUGAAUGAUGAAGGUGAGGAGGUAUCUGAAACUACCGAAGCUACUAUUGAAGGAGCAGAAACUACCACGGAAAAUAAUAAUGAUAGUUCUACAACUGAAGAAGUUUUCACAACAGCUAGAUCUACUGAGGAAAAAGAUGAGGCACAAGAAAAUACUGAAACUAAUGAUAAGGAAGAUACUACUAUUACGGAGAAUACUAUCGAAGAAAUUUCUGAGGGAGAUUCCACAGAACAUAAUUUAUUAGACAAAACAUCAACUGAAUCUCCAACCACUGAAAAAGUUCUUAAGGAAACGGAUAGCACUGAGAGUUUCACAAAUGAAGAAGUUUCCACAAAAAAGAAUACUUUGACAACAAGACGACCACUUAGUGGUUUUACUCGGCCAACAGCCACUGAAGCUGCAAGCGAAGAAAUCGAGAGUACUAUAGCAACUAAGGAGGAGAGUUCGACAUACGAAGAUGUUUCAACAAAACGUACUUUGCCUACAAGAAGACCAUUUAGUGGUUUUCCUCGGCAAACAUCUACCGAAGCUACAGUCCAAGUUACACAGAGUACAGAAGAAAAUGAUGAGGAGAGCACUGACGAAGUUUCCACAAAACGUACAUUGGCCACAAGAAGACCAUUUGGUGGUCUAAAUCGAGCCAGAACUCUUACCACCGAAGCUACAGCUGAAGAAGUUGAAAGUACAUUAGAGACAAAAACAAUUUCGCCCAAACAAUCAUUGGCCGCCAGAAGACCAUUUGGAGGUUUUAAACGUCCGCCUUCUACCACAACUGAAAUUCCACUGGAAGAUACGGACAGUACUGUUGAAAAUAAUGAAGAUAGUUCUGCCAAGAAAGGAAUUUCUUCAAAUCGCGUUGUACCCACCAGAAGAACUUUUGGAGGUUUUAAACGACCAACAACUACUGAAGCUCCAGUCGAAGAAGAAACUACUGAGAAUAAAGAGGAAAGUUCAAUAACUGAAGAAGUUUCUACAAAACGUGUUUUGCCUACAAGAAGACCAUUUGCUAUACAAAGAAAUCGUUCCUUUGGUAUUAAUAAAUUAAGAACUUCCACUAUCGAAACAGUUGAUGAAGAAUUUGAUAGUACUGUCGAAAGCGAAAGAGAAGAUGAAUCUACAACAGUUGAAGUUGCUACAAAACGUACUUUGCCAACACGACGAACAUUCGGUGGUUUUAAUCGAUCUAAAACUGUUACAACUACUCAGACUAUAACUGAAGAAGAUUCGGAUGAAGAAAAUGUACAUUCUAAGGAGAAGAGUUCGACAAAUGAAGAUAUUACAACAAAACGUACUUUGCCAACACGACGACCUUUUGGUGGUUUCAAUCGUUCUAAAACUUCUACAUCUACUGAAGCUGUAAUAGAAGAAGAUUCGGAAGAAGAAUCUGCAACUCCAAAAGUCACUACCAAACUGACUUUAGUUAAUAGGAAAACAUUUGGUGGUUUCAAUCGUCUCACUACUACUGAAAAAUCUAAUGAUGAAAGUACCACCGAAAGUAAUAUUGAAGAUUCUGAUGAAUCUUCCACAAAACGUACAUUCCCAACAAGGAAAGCAUUCGGCACAUUGCUCAGAUCAACCACAACGGAAGCUCCAACUGAGAAUUCUCUCGAAGAAAGUACUCUAGAAAAUGAUGAAGAAACUCGUACGGAUCAAAUGGAAAUAUCAACCACCGAAUCUUUAUCUAGUGCAAAUGAAACCAUUAAGAAUGAGGAAGAAGAUUCAACUGAACAUGAAAAACUUUUGAAUAACUCCCCUGAAUCUACCACCGUUGAAGAAGAUUUAGAAAGCACCACUGUUAAGGCAAUCGAAAAAUCCUCUACUCCAAGGCGUAGAAUUAUUAUACGUAAACGAAUACGCUUACCAACAACUACAGCAUCGAGCUCUUCUAAGCCAGAAUCUCCGGAAAAAGACUCAACGGUAGCUACUACGGAUGAAGAAACAACCGUUAAUAACUCUGAAGACAAUGAAGAGACAGUUAACGAUGAUGAACAUAGUACGAUCACAUCAGUUCCAAUAACAUCUACUACAACUGAAGCUAUUACAACAUCUACCGAAGAUACUGAGGACGUAUCUACUACUACUAGCAAAUCAUUAUUUAACAAUCGUUCGCGACCUUCUUUUGGUAGAACUACUACCAAAAUCACUGCUACUGAAGAAAGUUCUGAACAUGUUGAGGAAGAGCCAACAACUACCAAAUUAACACAAAUUGACUCUACUACACGUAGAAACUUUAAUAGACUUAAUGGUUUACAAACGUCAGCGAAAUCAAGUGACGAAGCUAGCUCCAAUUAUGCUACCAACAAAAGAACUUUUACCCGACUUAAUAAGAUUCAAACAAACGACGAAUCUACUUUUGAGACAGAUCAAGAAGAGCAAAAUGAGGAAACCUCAACUGAAUCUACUACUAAGCGAACUUUUGCCAAAUUCAAUCGAUUUAAAACCACAACAAGACCACCAAGUUCUACGGAAAUAACCUCCGAAAAAGAACUCGAAGAAGACGAAGAACCCUUAGAAGUGACCACAAAACGUACUUUUGGUUCAUUUAGUCAACGUCAGAGAUUAAAUCUAAACUCUAGAACCCAAGCUGCAAUAACUACACAAAGAUCUAGAUUAAAUAUCAAUAGAAAUUUGUAUAAUCGUAAUAACCAACAAGAUGAAGAAGACGAGGAAGAAGAAAGUGAUAAUGAUAACACAGCUAAAAGUCCCACAACUCGCCGUCCAUUUGGCGGUUACAGACAACAGCGCAUCAAUUCCAAUUCCCAAAGUCAAACAGAAACUAAAGCGACCUUAAAACCUUUCAAUUUCAAUAGACCACAAUUCAAACGACCUUUACCUAAAAGACCACAAACCGAGGUAGGGGAGGAAGAUGAAGGUGAGGAUGACGAAGAGGAUUCAGAAGAAGAAUUUACUGACAAUGAAGAUGAUAAUACUCAAGAACAACUUGCCAGUCAAGAACUUGCCUCUAAGGAACCUAGUUCCUCAUUAUUAACAUUACGCAAUCGCGUUAGAUUAGGACAAACUCAGGAUACUGACAACGAACAACAAGGGCUAGUAAACGAUAGACUUAAAAAUUUACUAAACGCUAGAGCCAAGACUCAAACCACGGUUACUACUGCUAACACAGAAACCUCUAAAUCCUCUGAACUAACAACAGAGGAUGAUGUUAAUGAGGUGGCCAUAACAACAACAGCAAAUACUAACACUAACAGGUUUGGUACUAAUCGUAGCAAUAGCACCGUAGCCAAUUAUUUAAAUAGAAUUAAAAUUAAUUUAAGUCAAACGAAUACUAACACGGCACCUAGUCAUAAAAAUCAAGAAAAUGAUGAUAAUGUUAAGUUAGAUAAUGAUAAUAAUGAGGAUAUUGAUGAUGAAGAAGAUUAUGAUGAUGAAGAGGAAAGGGCAGAAGAUAGUAAUAGUAAUAAGUCUAAUGUCAAUGAUAAUGAUUUUAAUGAUAAUAAUGCUAAUAAGGGCGAUGAUAAUGAUUCUAAACGACGUUUUCAGAAAUAUCAAUUCCAACGUAGAACAACUACUACAACAACCACCACCACCACUGAAAAACCCCUAGAAGUUAAGAAAGAAGUUAAAGAAGUCACUAAAGAAGUUGCUGCUAAAGCUCAGGUAAUUGUUAAUGAAGAUAAUGAAAGUGAAAGGGAAACCAGCACAAAUAUACCCGAAACAACUGCACCCAUCACCACAACCACAACAGAGAGUCCUUCUAGUCGUCCGGCUACACCUUUGCAAAGACGCAUUAAAGUCAUAAAAUUAAAACGUCCGGUAGUGUCUGCCAAUGCAAAUGCUAGUAGUGCUACUAAUUCAAUUAAUAGCAACACUGAAACCCAAAAUAUAGUUAAAUCUAGUAGUGUUAGUAGUGAUCAAGUAGAUUCACAAAUAGCUAAAACUCAAACACUAACAGAUACUGAAACCGAAACCACUGAAACACAAACCACCGCUAUACCACCACAAACCUCACAACCCACACCCAAACGCUUGCGCAAAGUAAUACGUAAGUUAAUAAGACCGUUAAAUAGAACUACGGAGAGUACUACGGAAGCAGCAAUUGAAAGUUCUAGUGUAGCAACAUCUACUCUCUUGCAGAGAAGACAAAACACUACCAGAUAUGGUUUCAAUCGUAAUACUAAAUUUAACUUGAAAAAGAAUGAUAACAACGAUGAUGAAGAACAGGAAGAAAGCAGUGAGGAAGAGGAAGAUGUUGAUGAAGAAACGACCGACAAUAAGUCGGAGAUCUUAAAAAAUCGUGGCAGAAAUAAGUUUACUAUACCCAGUGGCGUAACAGCCACCACCACGAAAACUUCAUUGUUUGGCACCGCCAAUCGUAAUAGAUUCACAGCCAAUCGUUUGCAGUCAUCAACAACAACUGAAAGUUCAAAAACAACCGAGAAGAAUGUUGAUGAUGACGAAAAGGAAGAAGACGAAGAUGAAGACGAUGAAGAAGAUGAGGAUUCAGAGGAAGAAACUCAACCAAUAACAACGGCCAAACCUGCCAUUUAUACCUCAACAAAUCGUUUCAGAUACUCUAAACAAAACUCUUCUGCCAACACUGAAAGUAGUACGGAAAGCAAAGAGGAUAACGAUACUACUGUCAUCGCAGAGUUAGAAACUACCACUCAAACGGAACAAGAAAGCCAAACAUCAAAAGAAACUACAGCUAACAAAGUAUUGAAUUUCCAAAAUUUGCGCAACAAAGUCAUAACUGAGCAAGCUGCCCAACAGGAAGAAGGAGUACUAAGUACACGCUUUAAGAGCACAAGAACUGGUAGUGAAGAGGAAGUAACUGAUGACCCUUUGCUGAAAUUGCGCAAUAAAGUUAAACAAGAUUUAGCUAAAGGUAGCCAAGAAGAGGGUGUUUUAAGUAAUCGUUUCAAGACUACGAAAGUGGACACUGAGGAUGAUGUAACUGAUGAUCCUUUGCUGAAACUACGCAAUAAAGUUAAACAAGAUUUAGCUAAAGGUAACCAAGAAGAGGGAGUUUUAAGCAAUCGCUUCAAGACGACAAAGUUGGCUAGCGCAGAAGAGGAAAUAGAAAAAGACGAUCCUUUACUUAAACUACGUAACAAGGUUAAACAAGAUUUAACCAAGUCCAGCGAAGUCGAAGGUGUAUUAAGUAAUCGUUUCAAAGCCUCUAAAGUCAAAAACGAAGAAGAGGAACACGAAACUGACAAUCCUUUAUUAAAACUACGUAAUAAGAUUAAACAAGAUUUGGCCAAGGGCACUCAGGUCGAGGGAGUAUUAAGCGAUCGUUUGAAAUCCACUAAAACCGAAACUGAAGUUGAUGAAAAAGAAGAUACUUUGCUUAAAUUGCGCAACAAGGUUAAACAAGACUUGGCUAAGGGUAACCAGGAGGAAGGAGUUGUAAGUUUUAAACUGAAAAAGCUUUUGGAAACCAAAAAUACUACAGGGGUCAACUACAAGGUAGAAGACAAUUCAAAUGAUUCCACUACCCAAGACAGUUCGAAUUUGCAAAAGAUACGUGAAAAGGUACAAACCAAACUUGCCCAAGGAGAAGAGGAACAGGGCGUAGUAAGUUCUAGACUAAAGAAACUUUUGUCGGAAAAAACCAGUACGACACUAAUACGUUCCAACAGUGUGGAAGAAGAAGAAAAUGAAACUACCACUGAAAUAAAAGAAUCCUCGGGUGAAGGAGAUUUAUUGGAGUCGAGUAAAGCUAUCACAACUAGAAAACCUUAUGUACCUAGAACUAGAUUAACUGCUGUCAGCAACGAAGCACUAUCCUCAGAACAAGAACAUUCGGGAGAAGUAGAGGAAGCCACUACUUCCGCUCCACGUGAAAGACCCACAUUCCGUCGCAAACUAGUAGCCAAAAGACCUUAUGUCCCCACCAAACCACCCCUAAGUGCUUUAAGUACCACCACCAUAAGAAUACCCACAACUAAGGGAAAACGUAAAUAUGUAAGACGCAAGUUUGGAAGAUAUCAUCCCUUCAAUGCCAGCAAUCGUAAUACCGGUGAAGGUUUUGUAAGAAAAGAUCCCAGAGGCAAUAUAUUGCCAGGAACAGAACGUUUUAAGAUAGAGGGUUCUGCGGGAGGACAAAGUGGUGAAGAUUAUGAGGAAUAUGAUGAAGAAGAUGAAGGUGGCGAAGAAGAAGAAGAAGAAGAGGAGGAAGUCGAAAAGACCAAGGUAAAUGUAGUGGCUAAACCGGUACAAACAGUUAAACCCAUCAUUGCAAGACCACCUGGCUUGUUUAAUAGAGCACAAACAACUAUUUUGAAAAAGCCCUCCAAUUUGUCUAAAGAACAAGGUUCCGGCGAUAAUGAAGAUGAAGAGGAACAAGAGGAAGAAGAUGAGGAUGAAGAGGAGGACGAGGACGAGGACGAAGAUGAGGAGGAAGAAGAAGGUAGCACACAAGAUGCUGACAAAUCCAUUGCCAAUCGUCCCACUUACAAACCCAAAGACAAUCGCAUACCUCCCGGUGCCAGACCGGCUCUAACAACAACACCUACUAUUAAGAAACCCUUCACGCCCUCACGCGUUGCUAAUACUCCAUAUAGACCGGGAGCAAUUACCACUACCACACCCAGCAAUAGAGCAAAUCGUUUCGGCGUUUCUUCAAGAUCGACGGUAAAACCUCGCGUGGUUAAUCGUCCUUUGGGCGUUUCAGUGCCAAAUCUAACCAUUAAACCUGUGGCUAACGAUUUUGAACGUACUACUGUACUAAUACCUACUAAACCAGCGCCGUUUAUUAAUCCUAACACAAGAGCAUACGAACGCAAAUACACCGGACCAACGACUGAAGCAACCGUUGACUUCAGCAAUGACAGUAAUCCACUCAUCGAAGAUUUGAAUAUUGAGGCAUUAAAUGCCCGUAAUAAGAAAAUAUUCGAUAUUAAUAGUAAAAAACACACAACUCUUAAACCAAAGUUAAACAUACCAGUGGCUAAACUAAAUGAGAACACACAACAGCAAACAAACACAGAAUAUGAAAAUGAUGAUAAUGAUAAUGAUGAUAAUGAAGAAAAUUAUCAAUUAUCUGUAAAUGAAUAUGCCACCACUAUCACUUCAAAUACCAAUACACAAGAACAUCAAGAACAAGAACAAACCACCACACAGGAUAGUAACACCUUUAUUGGCACCCAAAACACUGACGAAGCAAAUCUAAGUAACAAUCUUAACAAUCUUAAUGAAAUUUCUUCACAGGAUGGCUUCACAACCACACCACCACCCAGUACCACUUUAUUGCAUAUCUUUACCAUAUCCGAUGCCGAACAUACCACUCCAAAUCCUUUGAAUGAAGGCUUUCAAAUGGUACCACGUGUCAUUGUCGAAAGAGUUAAACCGAAACACAAGGUAGUGGAAAUCAAUCGUAUUGUUGAGGUUAACUCUAAGGAAGAGAAAUUGAGACGCAAGUCCAAGGCCAAUACUAUUGUAGCCGUUGAGGGUUCACAAACGUACAAGGUGGAAUCUUUGCCCCAUGUCGAACAGUUGGGUGAAAUCAGUGUGGUUAAAUAUGUGCAUCAGGUGGAUGGUAGUGAUAUAACAAUUGAAGGACGCAGCACGGUAACCGAUUACACACCCACCGAACCUACUGUACCUUGGGCAUCGCAACCGGUACGUCACACCUUGCCCGAUGGUAGUGUUGAAGAGCGUUCCGGUAAAGCUUUGGUGCCCGAAGUAAUACGAGAAGCCAUUGAAACAUCCACCAUUUCGUUGGAAGGUCUUUUCGAGAGUGCUCGUAAAGGUAAGGUUUUGAAUACCGUAGAAGAUGUGGCUUUUGUUAAACAGGAUGUCAGCAGUGAUAGUGCCAAAGUUGAUGAUUUAAUAUCUUCAACAGAAAGCUCUAAUAGUUAUCGCAUAGAAAGCACAACCGAUAAAGCGUCCACAGAAACUAGCACAGAAGCUUUUAACAUUUUCAAAGCCAUAUCCUUCGAUGUGGCUCGUAUCAAUUUAGAACCAAAUAGCAAAGAAAGCGAAACGGAUAUUGCAUCAAGUUCUUCAAGCUCAACAUCUUCCAGCUCCUCUUCGACACCUAUAGAAAAACUCUUCGAAAAUCUGGAGUAUUCUACGGCAGCUGUUCUUACUACUACACCGGCACCCGAGAUUCUUCAAACAGAGUCAACGACUGUAGCCCCCGCGGAGGAAACAAAAGCUACUACAGUAGCUGCUGCUCUAUUUCCACAAUAUCUGCGCACACCAGCAACUGUUAACAACAACGGUUUAACAGUAACGCGAAGGCCUGUUUUAAGUGUGCGCCGACGUUUAAUCAAUUCAUCUACUGCUGCUCCCUCAGUCAACUCAGCAGCAGCUGCUCUUAACAGUCAGCAACAACAAACCACAGCACCAACGUUAACAACUCACUUAGACUCAUCUUCAACGAUCAACGAUGAAUACAUAACGACGACCUCGAAAUUUAAACGUUUACGCACCAAUCGACCACCAUCCAUAAAUGCUGCUGCUGUUGAUAUAACAACUGAUACGAAUGCGGCAACAUCGUUUAAAGCAAAGAAAAAAACAACGGAAACAUUAUCAAAUGAUUUAAAAUUGGCUUCAUCAUUGACGUCAUCAUCGUCUGCUGAUAAUGAUAUUGCAGCGAAACAAACAGCAGCUUUAAGACGUAAAUUUCAAGCCAGACGUUUAACAACAUUGCCGGCUAGUAAUACAUAUGGGGAUGGAUCAGCCACUGAACCACCACGUACACAAAAUCCUUUAUUCAAGAGACGCUACAGUUUGACCACAUACUCGCCACUGUCUGGAAAAACUGGGCAACAAUCAAAGGUGACGUCGACAGCAGUUGGAACGACGACGACAACAACAGCAGCAUUAUCAUCAUCGACAUCAACAUUGCGCUCGGCCAUUGAUAGUUUGACUACAACUGUUUAUGUUGAUGGUUUAGAAAAUGAUGAGGACACAGAUCAAGUGGCAAAAUCUAGCAUCCAUACAAGUCGUUUCAAUCAAAUUAAUGGCAGACUGCACAUAGAUGAUGAUGAGGAGGAGGAGGAAUUGGAUGCUGGUAGUGUUGGUGAUACGAGACAUUUGGUCAAUACUGUCAAACCCGUAACAACGUUAUCCACGACAACCAGACAACCAGCAUCUAGAUUUUUACUACAACAGUCGCCACAGCAAAAACAACAAUAUUCUAAAUAUAAAUUUGAUGAUGUUAUAACCAGGCGCAUGGAUGGCACGGGAACUGUACUGAAAUCAUCAACCGAUAGCUCCAACACUACAACCACCACCACCGUUUCCACUACCAGCGGCUCAACUUCAACACAAACUCCUGCUAUUAAAAAACGUAAAAUGGUUAUUAAGAGAAGACCACAAAAGACAACGCCCAGUUCCGAGGAAUCAAAACGAAGAAGACCUCAUAAGUAUCAAGAACCAUUCGAGAGAAUAAACAGUUAUGAAUCGAAGGCAGUAGUUAAGACAUCAACACAACCGGGUAGAACUUAUCGUCCCAAUUUGGACUACGACUAUUACGAUGAUGAGGAUGUACGUUUAGUGGGCAAUAAGAGCGAUCAACAGCUUAAAGUAAUUCUGCAUGGUGGCGGCAUAAUUGAAUGCUUAGAUCAGGGUAACUUUCCACAUCCCUUAUCUUGUCGCAAAUUCAUUUCCUGUGCCAAAUUUGAAACUGGCGGUGUUGUUGGCUGGGAAUAUACAUGUCCCAAAGGUUUGAGUUAUGAUCCUGUGGGUGGUAUGUGCAAUUGGGCAGCAGGUUUGGGUUGUAAAGAGUAAAACAACAGCAACAACAACUAAUUCUUUUAGACAUAAAACAGUAACGCAACAAAUGCCUAAAAACUACUGCCAGAAGUACUUUCUGUACUUCAUAACAAACAAUUUCUAUACUCAACGACUUUACAACUUUUUUGUAUUAAGAAAAUAUAAACAAGUAAUUAAAUUAUAUACAAAAUUUAAACUAAAACUAAGUUGUUGUAAUAAUGUGCGAAAUUUAUCUAUAAAAGUAACAGAAUAUGUAACAAUUGACUGAUUUCAAUGUGAACUUGUGUUUUUGGCUUAAUAAUUGGAAUUUAUAAAAUUCUUUUAUUUUGUUUAAAUUUAUUAUUAUUAUUUUUUUCGUUUUUUUUUAAUUUUGCUUUUUUUGAAGUGUGAUUAGCAUAUUUAAUAUUUUAAUUAUUUUAUGUUUAUUAUAUUGUUUAUACUUUUUAAUUGUAUGUACAAUUAAGUUUAUUUGUUAAGCGCGUUUUAAUGUUUAAGUUUAAAUUAUGCAUUUCUUUCCCACUUUCCUGCGAAAAACAAAUUUCAAAAUUUAUUAUUUUUUUUUAAUUUUAUUAUAUUCUGCCAUUCAUUAUUAUACAUUUUCAUACUUAAUUAAAAAUAUCAAUUUACUAUUUAAUUAGAAAUU